UUUAUCCUCCGAUGUACAUCCCUCGUUAACUACUUGGUGUGAAUUACAAGAAAUACAUUCCACCGAAACUCUGACGCCUUGAGUGUAUUUUCCUUCUCAAAAAUCCUUUCUAUAUAGCCCCUGAAGCUAACGACGUACAGCGACGUCGUAGCUAAGAAGCUAGCUUGUUUCUUCAUGUUGAUAGGCCCUCCCUGCCAUCAACCUCAAGUAUUCGGGAUAGAAGAUUCGCCCAAAGAAGUAUGCUUGUUCAUAUUUAUAGCCCUUCUCUGCCAUCAAUCCAAGGGAUUCGAGAAAAUUGACUCAGCUCAUUUCUCACGCACAAACACACAUAACAGAGGGAUGGCGACAUGGUUUCAAGUCGUGGUGCUGAUUGCUUGUUUGCUUCCUUCACUGGUUGAAUGCCGCGUUCGUGAAUACAAAUUCAACAAAUUAGGAGAGAAAAUGAUAUGGUUGAAACUGAUGGCAAGGGAACCAGGUGGUGAUGGCGAACGCCACAAGACUAUGCUCAACUAAGCCCAUAGUGACAGUGAAUGGGCAGUUUCCGGGUCCGACGAUCUAUGCCAGGGAAGAUGACACCGUUCUCAUCAAGGUUGUCAACCACGUCAAAUACAACCUCUCCAUCCAUUGGCAUGGCGUCAGGCAGCUUCGAACGGGAUGGGCCGACGGUCCAGCAUACAUUACGCAAUGUCCAAUUCAGCCAGGGCAAACCUAUGUCUACAACUUCACAAUCACAGGCCAGAGAGGAACGCUUUGGUGGCAUGCUCAUAUCCUAUGGCUUAGGGCCACUCUCCACGGCGCACUUGUCAUCCUUCCAAAGCCCGGCGUACCAUACCCAUUUCCCAGCCCACACGAGGAAACAAUCGUCAUAUUAGGUGAGUGGUGGAAGUCAGAUGUUGAAUCGGUUAUCAAAGAAGCAUUGAAAUCGGGCUUGGCACCUAAUGUUUCCGAUGCUCACACGAUCAACGGCCAUCCAGGGUCCGUCCCGAAUUGCUUCUCUAAAGGAAGGUUCAGAUUGCCGGUGGAUCCAGGCAAGAAAUACAUGCUGAGAAUCAUCAAUGCAGCGCUUAAUGACGAACUUUUCUUCAAGAUUGCUGGUCACAAUCUCACAAUAGUUGAGGUUGAUGCAGCAUAUGUGAAACCAUUCACAACCGACACUAUUCUAAUAGCACCAGGCCAGACCACCAACGCCAUUGUAUCCACCGAUCAGGAAAGUGGCAAGUACUUAAUGGCAGCUUCGCCAUUUAUGGACGCCCCUAUUGCAGUUGAUAACCUUACCGCCACUGCCACAUUACGUUAUUCCGGCACCGUUUCGAGUAUUGCCACCACCUUGACAAGUCUGCCGUCUAAAAAUGCCACCCCUGUGGCUACAAAAUUUAUGGACUCCCUCAGAAGCCUGAACUCGCAAGAAUACCCUGCCCAGGUUCCCUUGGAUAUUGAUCAUUCUCUUCUUUUCACGAUUAGCAUUGGAAUCAACCCUUGCGCUACUUGUGUCAAUGGUAGCCGACUCGCGGCUGAUAUCAAUAAUAUCAGCUUCGUCUUGCCCAAAAUCUCUCUCCUGAAUGCACAUUUCUUUAAUCUAAGCGGAGUAUUCACUGAUGAUUUUCCAGGGAACCCGUUAAUGCCGUAUAAUUAUACGGGCAAGCAGCCUACCAACCUGGGGACUAUGAAAGGAACUAGGCUAUAUAGACUUGCCUACAAUUCCACUGUACAGUUAGUAUUGCAAGAUACUGGGAUGAUUAGCCCUGAAAGCCAUCCAUUUCAUCUGCAUGGUUUCAACUUUUUUGUGGUCGGAAGUGGUAUAGGCAAUUUCAACCCCAACAAGGAUCCGCCUAAUUUCAAUCUUGUUGACCCUGUUGAAAGAAAUACGGUCGGAGUGCCUACUGGUGGCUGGGUUGCCAUCAGAUUCCGAGCUGAUAAUCCGGGGGUGUGGUUCUUGCACUGUCACUUGGAAGUUCACACCACAUGGGGACUUAAGAUGGCAUUUGUGGUGGACAAUGGGAGAGAUCCAGAUGAAUCCCUUCUACCACCACCGACAGAUUUACCCAAAUGUUGAGAACUUUCGGAUACUCCAUGUACAUUAUAUAACUUCAAAAAUCAGACAACGGAAGGCUGGACACUCAACAUAUAACAGGGCAGUUCACCCGGUAGAUUUCGUUUUAUAGCUUUCGGCUUGUUGCCAUGAACAAUCAUACAAAGAUAAGGAAAUUACCGUGAUAAACUUUUAUGUUCUGGAAAAGGAUAAAGAAUUAAGAGGGAAUGAAUAGCUGAAGCAACUGUCCCUAAGAUCCUGGGUAGUGUUGGAUUGGAUGAUAAGGUGGGAGAGAUUGUAAGUAAAAAUUCCUAAAUUCAAGAGUUUUCGCUUACAAAAAAAAAAAAUUAAUCGUAAUUGAAGAUUACUGUCCCUAGGAUCUGAUUUGUUUGGUUUCAAUUCCUGGUGCCAAAUGCAAUUGUAAUUUAAAUUGUGAUGUAUCCUUUUGCUACACGUAGUGUCUGAUUCGUCAAGGUGAAGCUUCGGUCCAAACGAAGUUUAUCAUACCAUUCCUUUAUGACGCAGUUGAACCUGGAGUAGAAAUUUGCAGAUAUGGAGAAUUACACUGUCAGUUCCUAAUCCUCCA